AUGUCUUCCUUCCCAGGCCGCCGUCUCAUCCACUUCGCCAAAUUCGAUGUAACAUCACAGGUCUUCCACAUCACAAAACACUCUUUCGCGAUCGUGAAUCUCAAGCCCCUCUUGCCUGGCCACAUCCUCGUCUCACCACUCGCCGUCAAACCCUCCCUCAGCGACCUAAGCCAUGACGAAGUCUCCGAUCUCUUCACGACCGUGACCCGGAUCCAACGAACACUGAAGCGCCUCUACAAAGCCGACGCCUUCAACGUCGCGGUGCAAGAUGGCGAAGCCGCAGGACAAAGUGUAUCACAUGUCCACUGCCACGUGAUUCCGCGACAGAGGGAGGAUGCGGGAGGAGACGACAAGAUACAUCAGUGGCUGGAGGGUGAAGAAGGCAAUGUGGGCAGGCAUCAAGAUCAAGCUGUGCGUGGUGCGAAAGCCAAAAAGGAGUGGGCGCAAGACGAGGAUCGGAAGCCGCGUGGUAAGUCAGAGAUGGCUGCCGAGGCCAAGUGGUUGAGCGAGGAGAUGGAGAAGGACGAGCGUGAGGAGGGUGGUAAGCUGUAA